UUGAAGCCGGCGCAUGCGCCACGGGGUCCUGGUCGAGGGAAGCCCGGCGCACGCAGUAAGGGGGUCUUGCUGAGACGCCCCCUCCCCCCGGCUGCCUGGUGAGGCCAUGUGGCCGACCUUGCAGGGCGGGCUGCGGGUUGCAAGGCAAGCCCGCCCUUCCUUCAGACGGAUUUGCAGGUUGUAUGGUGUGGAUGCCACGAGGGAGACUGUUUUUGCCCUGUCUUCAGGCCACGGGAAAUGCGGGGUCGCCGUGAUUCGAACCAGCGGCCCAGCGAGUCGCUCAGCCUUGCUGAGCCUCACGGGGGCCAAGGAACCCCCUCCUCCGAGAACCGCCGCCCUGCGGAGGAUACGGGACCCCGGGUCUGCCGAAACCCUGGAUUGCGGCCUCGUCAUGUGGUUUCCAGGUCCAAAUAGUUUCACAGGAGAAGACUGUGCUGAGUUCCAUGUUCACGGUGGGCCGGCUGUGCUGAGCGGUGUCCUGGAGGCUUUGGGCCGCCUCCCGCAGCUCCGCCUGGCCGAGCCCGGGGAGUUCACCAAGCGAGCCUUCCAGAAUGGGAAGCUUGACCUGACGGCAGCGGAGGGGCUCGGGGACCUGAUCCACGCGGAGACGGAAGGCCAGCGGCGUCAGGCCCUGCGACAGAUGGCGGGGGAGCUGGGGGAGCUCUAUCGGCGGUGGAGCGACUCCCUCACCAAGGCACUGGCUCACGUGGAAGCUUAUAUUGAUUUCAGCGAGGACGACAACAUUGAGGAGGGGGUCCUGGAUCAAGUGGAAGAGGUGGUUGCGUCACUCGAGAAGCAGUUGCGGGAACACCUGAAAGAUGGACGGCAUGGGGAGCGGCUGCGGGACGGGGUCCACGUUGUGAUUGCGGGGCCCCCCAACGCUGGGAAGAGCAGCCUGCUGAACCAGCUGUGCCAGAAACCGGUGGCCAUCGUUUCCCCCAUGGCAGGGACCACGCGGGACGUGGUGGAGACGGCCUUGAAUAUCGGGGGCUUCCCGGUGGUGCUGAGCGACACGGCCGGGCUGCGGGACACCCGCGACAUGGUGGAGAUCGAGGGAGUGAGCCGGGCUCGCCAGAGGGUGAGUACGGCGGACCUCGUUCUGGCCAUCCUGGAUGCGGCCGAGAUGGCCCGGAGCCACGACCGCCUGUCCCCUGCCUUGCUGGACGUCCUGCCACCCGAGGAGCCGAAGGGGACCCCUCCCUACCUUCUGGUUCUCAACAAGUCUGACCUUCUCGGAGAACAGGAACGGCGGGACCUCCUUGCAAGCUGCUCCCGGCAAGAGCUCUCCCCGGCCUGCUUGCUCUCCUGCAAGACCGGAGAAGGCAUCGGGGCCUUCCUGCAGGCGUUGGGAGAGCAGCUGGCCCACAUGUGCGGCGACCCCCUCGUGGGGUCCCCCAGCCCCACACGGGCCCGUCACCACCUCAGCUUAAUGAACUGCUUGGAAGCCCUGGGCCGAUUCGGACACUACCUGGAAAAGGAUCUGGCCCUGGCGGCUGAGGAGCUGCGCCGUGCCCGACGGUCUUUGGGGCAGCUGACGGGGCAGGUGGGGGCCGAGGAGCUGCUGGCGCUCAUCUUCCGAGACUUUUGCAUCGGCAAGUGACAGGAGGCCGUGGGGGACUAGGGACUGGGGGGGGGGUGAGACCCCAGGAGAGAUGGCAGACCUCCGAAGCCACCUUAAGGGCCUCGAAAGCGUGCGAGUGUGUUUUCCUUCUUGCCCCGGGAGAGGACGGGUGUCCUCACACUCACGCACCCCCCCUUUGCUCCCCCGGCCCGGUCUUUUCCUGCCCUGCGGUUCUGUCCCGAGGUUUUCCUCGCUCAAGAGUACGGGGUGGGGGGGGGAGAGAGAGAGACGGAGACGCUGGUUUCCUGUCCCCCCCCCCCCGCGGGCAGCUCCUGCAGCUGGAAAUCCAAUUCAGGAAGUGUCUGGCCAGGGUUCUCCCCCUGCAGCCCUGUUUCCUCCCGUGGGGGGGGCAGCACCCCUUCUCUGGGCAUGCCAGACGUAGGUGUCUCUCCCUCCCCAUUCAAACCCUCACACAUAGAGAGGGACCCAGGUGUCCUGGGUGCCUUGAGUGGCGUUGCAGGUAUUUAAGGCUGGCCUUACUCUCGAGUAAGGCAGGGGGUUUCCGACCCCCUUUAAAGCAGCCACUGCAGUGCAGAGAGAAGGAACUCAACCCCUUUAAACCCCCACCCCCCCAGUUAGACUUUGGUCGCCUUUGGUGUCCUCAAGGAUGGCAGAAAACAGACCAGGAGGGCAGAGCUGAGAUCCGGGCUGCAGGGGCCAGACCUCUCGGCUCAGACGCUUGAUCACUGUGCCGGUCCUCAUGGAGGACGGGAAGCCUCACCUCGCCUUCCGUUCUCUCCCCCUCCUGAUCCAUCCCAAUCGAGGGGUCCUGCGCCCAUUUUCUACCCCCGCGGAGAGCUAAGCAACGACUUGGCUCUGGGAGAGGCGGCCGCUUCCUGCUCUGUCCAGGCUCUGGUGGAGGAAAGAGACCCUGAAAAAAUAUUAUUUUUAGUGGCUGAGAAGGACAUGUUCCUCUCCACCUUUGCAAGACGGUGCUGUGGUGUUAUUAAAGGCAUCCUGGCUUUUUUUUUUUUUUUUAAAGACCUCCUGGAACAAUAAACACAGCCAAGGUGGGGCUGCCAAUGGCAUUGUUAUGGAUGCCCGGAGGGAAAAAAAAAAAAGGAAAAACCUGGACCCUUUCCCUCCGGUUGCCAAAAAACAUACGUUUGUUUAACGUGGAUUGUUUUCGACAAAGGAAAUGUGAAAAUUAAGCAGAAAACCAGGCGGUGAGGAACAAGGACCACCAAGGAGUGCAGACCAAUACAGGAGUGCGAUUCGGGAGUUCUAAGGGGCACCCCUAAAGGUCGUCUAGUCUGACCCGGUGUUUAUGCAGGUUAGGGAUGGUUAUGAAUCAGCAGAUACUGAUUCCAGGGAUAUGGGGGUCCUAAUGUAUUUCUAACGAUGUUAACUAGAACUGGCUUCCAGAGGGAGCCAGAUGCUAUGCUAGGUAGAGCAUUCACUCUUCGAAUACUGUUCAGUAUCAUCCACGUUUCAGCAUCCGUGGGGUGGCUUGGUCCUAUUCUAUAAAGUGAUGGCGUGAACGCUUCAAAACAAGGCUGGAGAUGAUUCCGAGUUCAACUUUAGCAUUCUGGCGACUGCACAUGGGCCAUGUUCAACCUAUAGGAUGGAAAUACAUUAACAAAGCAUCGGAUUGUGAGAUAUUUAAGGAGCUCCUAACCUCGUUCCCGCUGUGGUUUCGUCCUCUGUUUUCUCGUGACUGGAGCGGCAUUUUCUGUGCCUGGGAGGUGAGAUAUUGAAGGAGAGGUUCUACUUUGGCCAGUGAGUUUCUGUGGCUGAACAGGGGGAAUUCGAACCCAGACCCGCUGAGUCCUAGUUUAACGCUCCACCUGCUGUACCCCACGGGCUCCCACGCUCUGCUCACCCACAACAUGUGUCUCACAGUCGUGGUUCCCAAAUGUUUAUACUCGGUCCAGAGAGGGAUGACCCGCCUCGCAGGGAGGUCACGCUGGGUCCUGGGGCAGCAUCUGUUAUCUGAUGUCAACAGGAGGACCUUCUUCCCGGGGAGAACAAUGAAGGUCAAUAGAGGCCCUUUCCUGCCCAGCCACUAACCCGCCCCGGGUGUUCCCAGAAACGUGACGAAGUUUCUUCUAAUGAGAACUUGAUUAGGAGAGGAAGAGAAGGGACUUUCUCCCCUUCUGGCUAAUCUCCAGGAGAAAUAUCUGGUCUGGUUGAGGUUGCUGGUUCCUUUUUUUCUGUUUACAAAGAAAAAAAAACCCAAUUAAGUAAUUCUCUUUUGUUUUAAAUCACCACGGAUCGUUUCCAACAUUCGUUAUGGCUACUUUUUUUUAAAAAAGUUAAUUUUCCUGGUUGUUUAAUCCCACAUGUAUUUAGUUUGUUAGACAAAGUUCAUUCAUUUAAUUAAAUCAUUUAUUUAAAUUAAA